CACCGGACCUACGCCGAGCUCACCGUGCUGGCCGACCUAUUACCAAGAAAGACUGAUAUGGAAAGAAAAAUAGAAAUAGUGCAGUUUGCAAGUCGCACUCGCCAGCUGUUUGUUCGUUUGUUAGCCUUAGUCAAAUGGGCUAAUAAUGCUGGAAAGGUGGAAAAAUGUGCGAUGAUAUCAAGUUUUUUAGAUCAGCAAGCCAUUCUGUUUGUGGACACUGCUGAUCGUCUGGCAUCGCUAGCUAGAGAUGCUUUGGUUCAUGCUCGUCUGCCGAGUUUUGCUAUCCCAUAUGCUAUUGAUGUUCUGACAACUGGAUCAUACCCACGGCUGCCUACCUGCAUUAGGGAUAAAAUAAUCCCUCCUGACCCAAUAACAAAGAGUGAGAAGCAAACCACACUUCAUCAGCUAAAUCAGAUUCUUCGACACCGACUAGUUACUACAGAUCUCCCUCCACAGCUGGCAAAUCUUACAGUUGCAAAUGGCCGUGUGAAGUUCCGAGUUGAGGGUGAGUUUGAGGCCACCUUGACAGUGAUGGGUGAUGACCCUGACAUCCCCUGGCGCCUUCUCAAACUGGAAAUUUUGGUUGAAGACAAGGAAACUGGUGAUGGUCGAGCCUUGGUUCACAGCAUGCAGAUCAACUUCAUCCAUCAGUUGGUCCAGUCGCGGCUGUUUGCUGAUGAAAAGCCACUUCAGGAUAUGUACAGCUGUCUGCACUCCUUCUGCUUAGCACUUCAGUUGGAAGUCUUGCAUUCGCAAACACUAAUGCUGAUUCGAGAGCGCUGGGGUGACCUUGUGCAAGUGGAGCGAUAUCAUGCAGGGAAAUGUCUCUCGCUCUCUGUUUGGAAUCAACAGGUGCUUGGCAGGAAAACAGGGACUGCAUCUGUUCAUAAGGUCACUAUUAAGAUUGAUGAGACUGAUGUCUCAAAACCCUUACAAAUAUCUCAUGAGCCUCCACUGCCAGCCUGUGAUUCCAAACUGAUGGAAAGAGCUAUGAAGAUUGACCAUCUAUCAAUAGAAAAACUCCUAAUAGACAGCGUCCAUGCAAGAUCUCAUCAAAAACUCCAGGAGCUGAAAGCCAUUCUUAAGAGCUACAAUGUUAAUGACAAUUCAUUCAUUGAGACGGCUCUUCCAACUCUUGUAAUUCCAAUUUUGGAACCAUGUGGUCGAUCAGAGUGCCUGCAUGUGUUUGUUGAUCUCCACUCUGGAAUGUUUCAACUGAUGCUGUAUGGUGUUGAUCAACUGACACUCGAUGACAUAGAGAAGUCUGUUAAUGAUGAUAUGAAGCGUAUCAUUCCUUGGCUUCAGCAGCUCAAGUUCUGGCUUGGACAGCAACGUUGCAAACAGUCUAUAAAGCAUCUGCCUACAGUGAGCAGUGAAACUCUUCAACUAGCUAAUUAUGCUAGCCAUCCAGUGGGAAACCUUUCCAAACACAAAUUGUUUAUCAAACUCACUCGCCUUCCACAGUACUACAUUGUUGUAGAGAUGUUUGAUGUUCCUGGUAACCCUACAGAACUAGAGUACAAGUACCAUUUUCUCUCUGUGAGCUACGCUGAAGGGGAUGACAGCCCUGCUACUGCACUUUUACUACAGCAGUUCAAACCAAACAUUGAAGAGUUGGUACUAGACACAAAAAGUGGGAAACAAAUGAAGAGUGGAGUCAAGCGCAAGUUAUCUGGUGAUCCAUGUUCCAUAGAACCUAAGAAACCAAAACGGUCGGGAGAAAUGUGUGCCUUCAAUAAAGUGCUAGCUCAUAUUGUAGCCAUGUGUGAUACAAACAUGCCAUUUAUAGGGCUUCGUAUGGAGUUAUCUAAUAUGGACAUUCCUCACCAAGGAGUACAAGUAGAAGGAGAUGGCUUCAGCCAUGCAAUACGUUUAUUAAAAAUUCCUCCCUGUAAAGGCGUAAACGAGGAAACGCAGAAGGCUCUGGACCGAUCUCUUCUUGAUUGCACUUUCCGGUUACAAGGUAGAAAUAAUCGCACGUGGGUGGCUGAGCUGGUGUUUGCAAACUGUCCACUUAAUAGCACUUCAUCCAGGGAGCAAGGACCAACCCGUCAUGUUUACCUGACAUAUGAAAACCAGCUAUCUGAACCAGUUGGAGGUCGCAAAGUUGUUGAGAUGUUCCUUAAUGACUGGAACAGUAUUGCUCGGCUGUAUGAAUGUGUCCUGGAGUUUGCACGAUCCUUACCAGACAUACCAAACCACUUAAACGUUUUUUCAGAAGUUCGUAUCUACAAUUACCGAAAACUUAUCCUUUGUUAUGGAACUACCAAGGGGAGCUCCAUCAGCAUUCAGUGGAACUCCAUACUCCAGAAGUUCCACAUUUCACUGGGAACUGUCGGCCCAAACUCAGGUUGCAGUAACUGUCACAACACAAUUCUGCACCAGCUCCAGGAGAUGUUUAAUAAAACACCAAAUGUGGUGCAGUUGUUACAGGUUUUGUUUGACACUCAGGCUCCAUUAAAUGCCAUCAACAAACUUCCAACUGUGCCCAUGCUGGGUCUGACUCAACGCACCAACACUGCCUAUCAGUGUUUCUCAAUUCUGCCACAGUCACCCACGCAUAUCAGGCUGGCUUUUAGGAAUAUGUACUGCAUCGACAUCUACUGCCGGAGUCGUGGUGUUGUAGCAAUACGUGAUGGGGCGUACAGUCUCUUUGACAACAGCAAAAUAGUUGAAGGUUUUUACCCUGCACCUGGAUUAAAGACAUUCCUGAACAUGUUUGUUGACAGCAAUCAGGAUGCACGAAGACGAUCUGUAAAUGAAGAUGAUAACCCACCUUCUCCUAUUGGAGGAGAUAUGAUGGAUUCUUUGAUAUCGCAGCUUCAACCCCAGCAGCCACCACAGCAACCACAACAACAGCCAUUUGCAAAACAGGCAGGAGCAUCGGGAGCAUAUCCUCUUACUUCACCACCCACCUCCUAUCACAACACAGUGACGCCAUCUCCAUCUAUGAUGCACACACAGUCACCAGGAAAUUUGCAUGCCGCAAGCUCACCUAGUGGAGCUUUAAGAGCACCAUCACCAGCAUCCUUUGGUCCAACUCCUUCACCUUCCUCUCUCGGAAUCACAAUGGGACAAACAGCUAACUUUGCCAGCCCACAUGGUACCAUAGACCCAAGCUCACCAUACACCAUGAUGUCACCCAGUCAGCGUGCAGGAAAUUGGCCAGGAUCUCCCCAGGUCUCUGGUCCAUCACCAGCAGCACGGAUGCCUGGAAUGUCACCAGCCAAUCCCUCCCUUCAUUCACCUGUCCCAGAUGCCUCACAUUCCCCACGAGCUGGAACAAGUUCCCAAGCAAUGCCAACUAGCAUGCCUCCACCUCGUAAACUACCUCAGCGCUCUUGGGCUGCAUCCAUACCUACAAUCCUCACCCACAGUGCCUUGAAUAUUCUGCUGUUGCCCUCUCCGACCCCUGGGCUUGUGCCAGGGCUAGCUGGCAGCUAUCUUUGCUCCCCCCUUGAGCGAUUCCUUGGAUCAGUUAUUAUGAGGAGGCAUCUUCAGAGGAUCAUACAACAAGAAACGCUACAGUUAAUAAACUCCAAUGAACCAGGUGUCAUUAUGUUUAAGACGGAGGCACUGAAGUGCAGGGUUGCUCUCAAUCCCAAAACCAACCAGACUUUGCAACUGAAAGUAACGCCUGAGAAUACAGGACAGUGGAAAUCAGAGGAGUUACAAGUUCUGGAGAAAUUCUUUGAAACGAGGGUUGCAGGACCACCCUUUAAAGCAAACACCCUAAUAGCCUUCACAAAAUUACUAGGGGCUCCAACGCAUAUCCUCAGGGACUGCGUACACAUCAUGAAACUUGAGCUGUUCCCUGAUCAGGCAAGUCAGCUGAAAUGGAAUGUGCAGUUUUGUUUAACAAUUCCUCCCAGUGCACCGCCAAUUGCUCCUCCAGGAACACCUGCUGUUGUGCUGAAAUCCAAAAUGUUGUUUUUUCUCCAGCUAACACAGAAAACAACAGUCCCACAGGAAGCUGUUAGUAUUAUUGUUCCAAUUAUUUAUGAUAUGGCUUCGGGUACAACGCAACAGGCUGACAUUCCCAGGCAACAGAACUCUUCUGUUGCUGCUCCAAUGAUGGUUAGCAAUAUUCUAAAGAGGUUUGCUGAACUGAAUUCACCACGACCAGGUGAAUGCACAAUAUUUGCAGCCGUUCGUGAUUUGAUGGUUAAUCUUACGCUGCCCCCUGGUGGGAAAAAAAAAAAAAAAAAAAAAAAAAAAAAAGCCUUCAGUUAA